UCAUUCCUCCCUGUGCCGGCUGGGGAGACGCGCGCUCUGCUUUAUUGCCCCCGCUGCUGGCUCUCCUCCAGCAUCCCUCCGUGCCUCUCGAGUGCUCUCAUACCCAUCCACCCACCCCCCCAGUCGAGCCCAUGUCUCCCCCUCUGGGCUUCUGCUGGCCAGCCUGAUUCCCCCGGCUGCUGCCGCUGCUGCUGGAGCUGGAGCAGUGGAGCUGUCUGACGCUACGCCGCUGUACGCCGCCAGCUGCUCUUCUCUGCUCUGCCUCGCUUCUCCUCUUCUCCGCCUUUCGCCUCACGCUCUCCUUUUGGCGGAUAAUCACCACCCGAGUCCGCAAGAGACAGCGACAAGGGGACAGGAAGGGAGGGGAGAGAAAAGAGAGAGAGAGAGAAAGAGAGAGAGAGACACGGGGGAGCCUACGCUUUUUUUCCAUUCAACUGCUGCAUUCUUCUAGUUUGUGCCUUGCUGGGCUUUGCUGGAGUGCAGCGCAAGAGGGAACAACUGAAGGAAUUUGUCCUCCUCUCUUUGCGCUCCCCUCUGUUCAUUUCUGGGACAGAGUGAAGAGGAGGAGAGAAGAGGGAGGGACUGAGAGCGGGACUUCAGAAUCAGCUGCACAGCUCAGUGUCCCACCUUGCUCCAGAGAGACAUAACACAAACAAGCACACUCACUCAGACACACACACUCACGCACACACACGCGCGCGCGCACACACACGCACACACACACACACACACACACACACACAUUUUCAUAGAUUGGACUCACAGUUCAGGCUGCCCAGACUGGCAGACGGGGAGAGAGGACACAUAGGCAGACAACACAACACAGACAGACAGACAGACUUGGUGUCAUGGCGUCAGUGGACAGCACCGGUUCGGGUGUCUCUGGUCGGCUGAGAUCAGGGGAUCUACUUCAUGCCGGUUUGGUAGUUGCACUGCUGCUCGGCGUAUGGAGUGUUGGUGGACUGGAGGUCUCAACAGGUAAAGUGUCUUCAAUUGAAGCAAUGAAUGGCUCCACAGUCCUGCUGCCCUGCACCUACUCCUCCUGUAUUGGCAUCAAAAACCUCUUCUUCAGCUGGCGCUAUAAUGACAAUGGAACCAUGCUAACGUUAUGUCAAGCGGUGAUUCCCAUUGAGGGCGUGGAGCCCAGGGUCGCUGUGUACCAGGAGCGUGUGGAGUUUGUCGGCUCCUCGAAAAGCAACAACAUCUCCAUCCUGCUGUGGAACAUCACCUUUGAAGAUGAGGGAGACUACAUCUGUUUCGCCAGGAACCCAAAAGAAAAGAACCGCAACCACAGUGCUGUCUUCACUCUUAUAGUCGUGGACCAAAUGAAGGAGGUUGACAACACUUUGACAACCAUCAUUGUCUCAGUGCUGGGUGGAGUCAUUGGCUUAGUUAUAUUUGUCAUGGUGAUAAAGGCCUUGGUUGUUCACUUCCUGCUGAAGGACGAUGAGAAGAAUAAAGAGUGCCUGGUGAGCUCCUCAGGGAAUGACAACACAGAAAAUGGACUUUCAGGAGCCAAAGCUGACAACAAAGGGACACCAAAGGCAUGAGCGAAAUGCAAAGUACGUCUGUAUGUUUGUAUAUAUGUUAGACAAAUGUACACGCUGAGAGGAAAUGCUGUUACCAGUGGACUGUUUUAUCUUACUAGUGGCUAACAACAUGUAAAUGCCUAUUUUAAAUCAUGCUUGAGAUUUGGGAAGUGUGGAAUGUGCACAGGCCUGGAUCACUCUCUCACCUAUGGCAGCCCAUUUGUUACACAGUGUACAGCCUCUGAUCUACAUCCCACUGGGACCUAAGACUUCAAGUAAACCAUUUACAGUAUAUAUACUUGUAGUUUUUCCAGACCCUUGUUGACAUUUUCUCAUUCAGGUUACAUCUUUAAAGAAAUUACACUCCUUGCUUAAAUCUGAACUUUCUAUAACUACAACUACUAGUAACUAUUACAUCACUUUAGAGGAAGAACCAUGUAAAGCCGUUGUUUUAAAUUCUUUAUUUAUAGACCUCAUUUCAAUAUUCAACUGCCAAAAUAUGGUCUCAGUCUACAGUUUGGGUUGACAAGCUACAAUCUGUUUGAUUCUUGGGGCUCUCACAAGUAAUCCACAACUCUAAGUCAAACUUGGACCCAAACCUGAGGACAAACCACUUUGAUCCCAUGAUGCAUUGCCACAAUAUAUGAACUGCCAUAAGAACUGAUGAAAUGCUACUCUCUAAACCCUCAUCUGGCACGGACGCAGAUCCACCUGUAAACCCAAACCAGAGGACCAUUCUUACAAGAGUUUUGUUUACACAUGUAAGUCAAUAUUUUUCAGCCAUAACUGAAUUAAGUUAUUAAAUCUGGAAAAGAUUUGAACAUUUAAGAAUUAAGUAUUAAUACUAGCACUGAUGGGACAGUUUAAAUACAGCUUACUCUUUUUGUGAGUAGCUAGCAAACCAACAUACGGUUUGCUAGAGGUAUUUAUUUAUUUAUUCGUCCUAAUAUAACCACCAACCUUAACUACUGCCACGCUAGUCUGAAGUUCAGCUUCCAUGUUUACUGCUGGGUCCAGGUUUGAAGCGCUGCUGUGGUGCUUCGGUUCACUCAUUCUGACGGAAGAUUCUGAUCAACGACGGUCUCGCUACGGCUGACAACUGGGCUUUUAUCUUAGGAGACUGAAGGAUCCAGUUCUGCACAGGUUUUUAUUGUUUUGCUUUAGAUGAAACACAGGUGCCUGUUCUGCUUCUGCUCCCCCUGCUGGUGGGAGAAUAAAAACACAGAAAAUGUAUUAAAAAAAAAAACAACCAACCCUAACCCUCAUCAAAGACAAUCCCCAGACUACCCAGCUCCCUAUAGAAAGGAAUGAACUUAAUCAUGCUGCUUCUGACAAAUAACCAAUGCAUUUUUAGCAUGUGCGCAUUUUAUAUAACUUCAUAUAAGUAUACGUUGUCUAGCACUGCAGUACAGGAACAUUUCUGUGUGUCUCUGUAUGGUCCCAUUUAACCCUUCACAUCAACCUCAACUGACUGACUGGAGCUCUGUCGAUGCUCAAUAAGCACCUCCCGACACUUCUAAAACUUUUUUUAACCCCUUUAACCAGGUCAGGGUGAUUACAAGGUGGCUUGUUUUCGCGGAAGGGCCUGCAGGUAUUUGUGGGAAAGAAAGGGUGGAUGACAUUUUAUCUCUAAAUUCGAAUCAUACAAUUGGACAACUCUGCUGGAGAAAUUUAAAAAAGUUGGCAUAUACUGUAAGUGAGGAGCGCAACAUAGUGUAUGCAAUUCUCUGGAUACCAAUUCACUUCCACAUUUUCACACUUGUAUGCAGACCCCAACUGGCUACGCCCAAUAUAAACUUACCGCAAGAAAAUACUUUUACACACACAUGUAUUUAAAAUUGUGAUGAGACAGUGCAAACACGUCCAUUGACACUGGCUCAGUAAUACAGGGAGCUAAGCAUUGGGACUGAUCACUUCAAAAGAAUGUAAAGACUCUGUCAGGGAAUAGAUGUUAAAUAUAGUCCAAAAAGUAUGUUAAUGUUAUUAUCAAAUGAAUGUGUUAAUAUUCCAAUAGGAAAGUGGUUCACUUUUUCUUUGCCAAGUCUUAUUCAGUGUGACUCUACAACAAGCCAAUAAGUUCAGUGUUUUGCUCAGUUCAAAGUUCAGACAACUACUUUCUGUGACUGUAUCUAAAUAUUUUGAGCAUUUAAUAUUAUAAGAAGUUUGUGUUGGGUUUCUAAAUACUACUGCUGUCUUGGCACUAAAAAAAAUAUAGUUUUUAUUAAAAGUACAGAAAAAUAUGUGUGAAAGGGUUUGAAGGGAGUCGGGAGUUGUUGAGAAUAAUGAAAUGAAAUGAAAAAAUCUAAUAUAAAAUACAAGUUUAAAUGGCAGAACAUGUUCAAUCUAAACAUCUCGUAACAUUUUAGGAGUAAUCACGUUUUGUUGAAGAAAAAGAAAAAGAGGAACAGUCAACAAAGUCUUUAUAAUGUCACUUCUACUUCAUCUUGUGAUAAGUCAGUGUGAGUGAACUUGUGCUAAGAUGUCCAUUGGAAACUAAAACCCACUCUCUGUGUGACUCACAGUACAAGAGGUCACUUCUGGGACGCCGGAAGACAUGACCUGCCACACCCUCAUACAUAGCUUGAAUAGCUAUUGACAGCUGAAAGCUACACACAAACACACACCCACACACAAAGAGCCACUUUGAUACCAGAGAGUAGUGGCCUUGCAUACAAACAAUUCAGCACUUUACCACAGUUAAGAGUGGGUGCACAAAACAGAAAAGAAGUGGCUUCAAAGUUAUUGUAUUCCAAAAACCAAAAUUUUCACAUUGCGUUUGUUAAGUUUGACUGAAAGCAGCAAUGCGUCAAAAUGGUUCUAGCAUUGUCUGACUACAUGUCUCACUGGAACAGAGCUCUGUGGCAAGAUUUUAUUUUAUUUUUCUACUUAUUUUCUUUGUCAGCUCUCUAAUACUGGAGUGCAAUUCCCUUCUUGCUUUCAAUGGAAGCAAUAAGACAGACAUCAGAUUAUGCAAUAACCUGUUAUAUGGCACUUUACUAAUGUGUCUGGACUGGCGGUGGUGGCAACUCUGUCUGUCCAAGGCACUGUUCAUUGUACUGAUGUGUGUAUCUACACUGUACUAAUGUAUCUCAGUUGGACUAAUGGACAUUAGAUUCAUAUAUCUCCAUUAGACAGAUUCAUCUGCUUUGGAAAACUGUAAUAGCUACUAACAUUGUAACUGUAACUGUGCAGUGUUAGAAGUGAUACAGUGUUCUUGUUGUGUUGUAAAAAUGUGAGCGUUAUGGAUAUAAGGAAGCACUACAAACACACACACACACUCUCUCUCACACACACACACACACACACACACAUACACUUGCUUCCUUGUCAAACCAGUUGUGUGCAGGUCCCUCUGUAAAGAGGGUUCAUAUGUACAUCCAAAGUCUUCCUGUAGGGAAAAGCAAUAUUGUGGAGUUGAUCUGUCUGUCAGUGUACUUUCUUAUCCCAUACCUUUAAUGCUGACAUAGCAUAGCAAAUCGGUGGUUUCAUGUAGGGAUUGUGAUGCAUAUAUUUGUGGCCACUGUUCCUAUUGUUUUCUUCUGUGAUCCCUAACUUGAUUUUUUUUUUUUUUUUUUGGAUAAACCUCCAUAUCAAAAUAUAUAUUCAGCAAGCAAGACACAGGUAUGUUAAGAGGAUGUACAAGUGAUGUUCUGUUUUAAUGAAGGCCAGGUAUAUGUGUGACAGAUAAAAUAAUGCUAUCUAUUCAGUGCAUGGAUAUAGUCUAGAUCUAGUUGUGAAACAGUUGCUUUCAUAACCCAAUGGAAUUGUACUGGAUUAUGAAAGCACCAAAAGCAUUGGCUGUUUUAACUUAUCUUUAUAUGAUUUUCUCACAUAAGCCCCUUUGUACAUUCUGGCCUGCCUUGUCUUUCUCCAAAAAAUGUCCGUCCUGAACUGUACAUGAGUCUUGAGACCAGAACAACUGCUGGCAUGGAUUGCUGCAGUACAGAGAAUACCCUGUACACAAAAUCUUUUCUCCUAGGAUGGUGAACUCCAGUCAUGAAUAGUAAAUGAAAUGAAAUGAAAUGUUGUCCAUCCAAUCACAGCAAACAAACGUUCUUUAUAUCAAACGAUUUAACAACCACACAAGGAAGGUCUAAAAUUAGCUACCAUACUUAAACCAAAAAGAUGCGUGGUUCUUAUGUAAGAAUAGUUUUGUCAACAAUAGUUAAUCAUCUGUCUGCUUAGCUAGCUUGUUACUUGUAGUUGUAGGCUAUGCACACAGUUGUCCAACGAAUUGACUUGGGUUUAGUUACCUUCUUUGGUGUAUAUUGACAAAUAAUAUCAUAUUUGCUUAGGUGGUAUGCUACGCACAAAUUUUCAUAAUUAAUUUUAAUGAGUGCAUCGUGACCAGGCUGUGGGUUAUGGGCUACAGCAGCCAGUGCCCACUGUCCACCAGAUCUUAAUUAUCUCCAUAACUAAGUACUGCAAAUUCAUGCAGGCUCAGUGGUCUCCCAGCAUGAUCAGAUAUUAUUGUAUACUACUGUUUCUGGCGUACUCCCAUACUUUAAAUUAAGUGUUGGUCAACUUAGAACAAAAUGCUGAAAACUAUGAAAGUACAUCCUCAGAGUAGGUCCACUUGACAUCAAGAAGAUUUGUUCGCUAUGAUUGGAUGAACUUUUCACACGCAUUAACUAUUCAAGACUCAACUUCGCCAUCCUAGGAAUAAAAUCCUUGUACAGUGUAAGAUGGUCCUCUGCAGUGGUGCAAUACAGCACAGUAAAUACAGUAUGACUGCCACCCAGUGGUAAAUGCCCAACACAUCUAAUAAUCUUCCCUCUAGUGGAGGCUGAUGAAUCAACAUCAACAUGCAUUUAUUGCAAUUUGAUUCAGAUUGAAAUGAUAGAAUAAAAAAAAACAGUGUCAACUAAACUAAAGCUUAAAUUUAUAAUUUUAUGUAACUGAUAUAAUCAUUGCUACAAUUAGCAUAGUUAAAACAGUAUAUGAUUAUAAAUAGCGUUGAAAUUGUUGCUAAUUGCUUUCGAUAAUAUGACUAGUUAGAUUGUUUGAAAGUAUAUAUAAUCUCAAUCCCUGUGCACAUUGGGCAUUUUAUCUACAUUUAAAAAGGGGUGAUGCGCAUUUACAAGUUUACACUAAAAGCAUACGUGCGACAAUUUAUACAAAGAGGAAUCCUUUAUGAAAUCGCGUCUACAGUGAGCAUUAAAUAGUUACAGAAAGUCUCAGUGUUACUGUCACAUUAUCCACUAAAAUAACAAAGUGUUGAGACUCCUGAUUGACCACUAUGAUUCCUUAGAGUUAGUAUUGCUCUUACUGCCAGAGCGGCUGAAACUCACACUGCCAAUCUCCAAGAGUCUCAUGUCUGCUGUUGUUACAACACUACUAUAACACACAACUCACUUAGUACACUUACACUACUAAAACAUGUUGUAUUACCGUCUACCGCUGUAUUAAUGGCAUUUCAGUAUUAAAUUGUGGAUGAUAUUGCUGUAUACUACUUAUGUAUUUCAAGCAGCUGAAACUCACACUGCCAAGCCAAGAGUCUGACGUCUGCUCUCCGCUUCCCACAUUCCACACAGUUAAAAAAGAUCAAACCACUGAUCUAACGUUGUCGAAGUUCAGCAGAAAAGUUAACUUUACUACAAACUCGGGGGAAUGAGAAAUGAAUUGAGAUGAAGUAGGAGCAAUAUGUUCUUAUUUUGGCACAAACACAGUUGCUUUUUUUGUGAAAAAUAUCAGAUGGAUAUUGUUCAUAUUGUUGUUAGCAAUGCCAAACUAUGAUGUAUAUUGCGACCUAUUGUGUCAAUAUUAUAUUACACGCCUAGCAAACUGCCUCCUCUCUUUGACAGAGAUUAUCGUAUAGACCAAGGCUAGCAAGCUAGAGAUUUGAAUUAUAAGCACAGGCUGACACUGACCUUUCCACAUUUUCUCACUGCAGUCCUGCAUUUGAAACAAUUCCAACAAUAUGUUUUAAACAUCCAGCAGCUGUAAGCGUAAUUCUAUCUUACUCAAAUGAACAAAUUCAUGUCUACACAUUUUACCUUAAGCUAUCUGAGACCAGUGACGUUAUACAAAUUACAGUAUUUUAUAGUGAAACAAAAUGUUGCAGCAAAGUCUUCUGUUUUGCUUCCAUUGGCACACUCCAUUCAACACACACACACACACACACACAACAAAUCUGCAACAUGGAUCUACUUCCCCUGUGAAUGUUCAGCUGUUUGUCUGUGUUUGUGACCAUAUUGCUCAUGCUCCCUUCAUGACUAUGCACCUCAAACUUUUGACUUGUUUAACUGGAAAUAAAAUGUUCAUUGAAAUUCCCA